AAAGUAAUAGGAUGGUAAAAGACAGAAACUCCAAAUAGGGAGUAUAAUAACAACAGAUGAAAUAGACUUCAGUGCAAAGUGUAGUAGCAGAGAUAAGGAACAUUUUCAUAACGAUACAAGGUCAACUCAUCAGAAAGACAUCACACUCAUAAAAUGUUUAUGUAUCUAAUAAGUUUCAAAACCCACAGAGCAGAACUCAAUAGAAUUAAAGGGAGAAAUAAUAGACCAUCUUGCAAUUGUUGGAAGUUUUAAUGUUCCUCUCUUAACAACUGAUAGAAAAACUACCAAAAAAUCAAUAAAGACAUAGAUGAUCUGAACAUUAUCAACCAUGUUGACCCAAUUGAUAUUUCUAGAAUACUAUAAAUGAGCAAAACAAAUAUUUUUAAAUGCACUUGGUAUAUUCACCAAAAUAGACCAUAUGUUAGUCGGCAAAGCAAGUCUCAACACGUUUAAAAGGAAUAAGGGUUUCUCAGACCUCAGUAGGUUGGGGACAGGGCACUUGGAGUGCAGCUAUCAAACUGGCUGGGGCCUUAAUGCUCAGGACAGGGCCCCAGGGCUUCCUGCUUGGCUUCCUUGUCUACCUGAGGGACAGAUGGCUUGUCCUCCCUGCUCUGGCCACAGAAGGAGAGCACUCAGCAGGGUGUGGAGUGUGGCCACUACAAGGUAAGCUGCUUGGGGUAGGUGCUGGGAUUCCAGUGGGGUUCCUCUGUGCCAAGAGGGAGGAGGUGACCAAACCCUUUGUAAGAGCAGGAAGGGCCAGAGCAGGGUGUUGGGGGCUCAAGGGAAGGACCCGCUCUGCCCCAAUAGGGAGCCCCAACCCUGGUUCUGACUGAAGGUGACAGCCAAGGGCAGUGACCCCAAACUCUUGCCUCCCACAGAGGAACAGUGUCUGGGACUAGACUGAAGGGGGAUGGGAGGGGCUGGAAGUUCGGGUCAGACUAUAGUCACAGAACCAAGGGCCACCACAAUGGCCCACAACGGCAGUGACAGGACCCCAGUGGGUUGAGGUCCUGCAGGGGCCUCAGAGAGAGGGCCUGACACCCUGGUGCUGGGCUACCCUCAUCAUUCUGUUCCCCCGAAACCCGCAGGGUGAAGGUAGGAAAAGCUCAGGCCCCCAGCAAAACCCCAGUGGAGUAGAGUAGGCAACAUUGUCAGGACAGGGCUGGGCUCUAGCUCCCAGCUUCAGGGCCCUGGUCCUUUUCCUUUCUCACAAAAAAAGUGGAGGCUUGGUUCAAUGAAAGUCAAAGGGAAGGGCGGCUGUUUCUCCAGGUCAGGAAGGAUACAAGGGGUCAGUACUUGGCAUUAAGUAGUGCCCGGUGGUGAGGUCUAGGGGAGGGGGGACCCUCGUGCGCUGGCAACAUGAAAGAGGCAAUACUGUGCAGUGGUUAAGGUCAAGGGCACUAGAACCAGACCGUCUGGGGUUGAAUCCUGGUUUCUCCACCUAUGAGCUUGUAACCUUGGUAAUCUCUCCAAGCCGUGGUUCCCGUGUCUGUAAGAUGGGAAGAAUAACAGUGUCUCCUUUAUGACAGUUGUCGUUAGGACUCAGUGGGGCUUUAGCAUAGUUUUUGGCAAUAGAUACUAUUAUGGAUGGAGCGCCGCAUGUAGCCCUAGAUCCACUCUCUGAAGGGACACCUCGUCCAGACCCUGACUCAAAUUCCAGGGCCUGGCGGGACAGUGGCCAAAGUGCCCCAUGACCCCACCACCCCUGGGAACUUUCAGAGGGAGAGUUGGGUGGGGCCCUGCCCGCCAGGGCCUUUCCAGCUGGGUAAUUCUCCGAGAGCUCUGGGGUAGGGGUCACGGAGGCAGCCAGCCUCUAAGGGCCCAUUGUUCUCUGAGCUGGGAAAGAUGCCUCCCCCCACCUCUCUAACUCUGUCUGCUCCAGAGCGGACCAAAGAUCAACAAACAUCGCCCGUCUCUCCUUGCCCAGCUCACAAAGGGCUCUCAGUGUCUCACAAUGGGCCUGUGAUGCCCAGCCUUCUGAGCUUAUCGGACCCGUUCACAGAUGAGAAGCUGAGGCCCGCAGGGAGGAAGUCGUGUAUGUGACGUCCCACAGAGGGAAGUGGCUCAGCCAGGAUUUGGUCUCCCUGUCCUGCAUCCAGGACUUCGGACUUAGGGGCACAAGAAAUGCCCAGCUGUGCAUGGACAGCGCCACACACAGCGCGCACAGCUUAGGGGGACACAGGGGGAGGGGCGGCGGCUGGAACCCUCCCUCCUCAGCGGUCAAGUGGUGGUAGCUGUUCUGUUUUGUUUUGUUUUCUCUCUAAAUGAGCUUCACGUCCCAGGCCCUGACAGGGGCAGUGAGCACCAUUAAGUUCUUCCUGUCUAAGGCCUUCGUGGGGCAGCACUUCGAGGCGGUGGAGUUGGAAGGCAAGGAGCCCGAGCCGGGAGACCUCUUCCUGUUCAGGCUGUUGUCCCCCAUGGGACGCUGGUGCAGGGCCCAUGUAGGAGUGUACUGUGGCCGCGGGGAGAUCAUCCAUUUCGAAGGGAGGAAUGUCACCAGCCAAGGGCCUCACGCGUUUCUGGGCUCCUGCGAAGGCAUUGUAUCAAAACAGGGGCAGCGCCCGCUGCAGCGCUCCGGCUCGCUGUGGCGUGUGCUGCGUAGACGUGGCGGCGUUGACCGCGCGGCCCUGGAGCGCCGUGUGCGCGAGGCCAUGGACGCCGACCCGCCUCUCUACCACCCCACGCGCAGCAACUGCGUGCACUUUGCGCUGCGUCUGCUGGGCCCCGGGCCCACCCUGGACCCGCUGCAAAUAGACGGCAGUCCCGUUAGCUCGGUGAGUGCGGCUCCGUUACCUGGGCACGACCCCACCGGCCUCCUACCCCGCCUCCGCCUCCACAGCCAGUUAACAAACACGGCUAACCGCAAACUCAAGAUCCACUUUACUCUGCCGGACCCAAAGCACCCAGAAACAAAGCAGGCCUGCCAACUCGAAGUUCCACUUCUCUAAAACUCUUUUGGGCCCACUCCAGGAAGGCCCCAGCUCACAGAUCUUGGGCACAUCUAUUUCCUCCAGCCUACCAGCUUCCAAACCCAGACGCUGCGCUGGUCCUUGUUAACCCCCUUUUGCAUUCCCCCAGCGGAACCUACCUACGGAGCCCAUCUUUCUGGCCAUUUACACCCAGGCCCACAAAUUCUGGUUCUGAUACCACACCGGGUACCUAGUCUAGAUCAAUACUCAGCCCUAUGAACUCCGGCUCUCCAAGUCAAACCCUCCUUUCCUCCUCCUCCUCCUCCUCCUCCUCCUCCAAACCCAGCCAAGAGACCUCAGCCAUCCAAUCCGAUGGCCCGAACUCGGGCCCAACUGGAUCUCACCACUUUCCCAAAACCUGGUCACUACUUUCUCUCUAGAUCCAGGCCAUCUUUCCUUGGGGGUACUUUGGGCCUUGGCAGCUGAGCUGGAGGCCUCACAUGAUCCAGGAGCCCUGGCUGUCACACCAGACCUUA